GCCGUUUAGUUCUGGCCAGGAUGCCUAUCUAGCACUGACACAGUAUGAUGUCACCACGGAUGCUGGAGAUACAAGUAUACUAUAUGCUGCUAAUACCGACUCAAUCUGUAAGACAAGUGACCCGUUUGCUAUUAUAGAGUAUGGAAAGACUGCCUUCCCAGCCUACUCCAUAGCGAGGACACUCGGUACUAUGCUUGGAAUUACUGAUGAUAGCUCGUGUGGUGAGGGCGGAACAGGCAAGGUGAUGGAUAUUCAAUCCAGCCCAGUUAGACAAGAGUUCGGCACUGGGUCAGGCAACUCGUUUAAUUGGACCAGCUGCUCAGCGCAACAGUUUACCACAAGGCUAGCAUCGGACGGCGCAUGUCUAAAUAACUUGGCUCAGCCCGCUUACUAUGAUGACGAUCGACUUUUAGGCGGUGCAGGAACAAGUAUUUCAAUUGAUCGACAGUGUCAAAUAGCCUACGGAUUCGAUUCCCCUGUGUGUAACGUACCUGUAGACCCUGAUACGUUCUGCACAGAUGGUAUCACCUGCUUGAACAGCACCAACGGGGAGUGUGUGAAUAUGUUUGUGUUUGAGGGGACCUCGUGCAACAGUUCUCCUGGUAACGAUUAUUGGUGCCAGGAUGGUUUCUGUGUCCUGGAACCACGAACAACUACCACUACCAAUCCGACAACUACCACUACAACCCCGACAACUACCACUACCACUCCGAUAACUACCACUACAACCCCGACAACAACCACUACCACCCCGACAACUACCACUACAACACCGACAACUCCCACUACAACCCCGACAACUCCCACUACAACCCCGAUAACUACCACACAACCCCGACAACUACCACUACCACUCCGAUAACUACCACUACAACCCCGACAACUCCCACUACAACCCCGACAACUACCACUACAACCCCGAUAACUACCACUACCAAUCCAACAACCACAACUACCCCAACAACCACAACUACAGAACGGACCACAUCGAAAGUCACAGCCUCAAGUCCAACAGCUACUUCCACUUGGCCAACAAUCAAACCGUCAGUUAACUCGUAUCCGUCCUCGCCUUCCUCUCUCCUUUCCACAUUCUUUACCAAGUAUCCUGUGAGUGGCACUACACACGGGAAAAAGCCAAAGAAACCUAAAGGCGUUAUGUACGGCUCCAGUUUCUACAACACAAUUACAAAGGCAUCACAGGGGGCCAAGACGUAUACACGGAUUUACUAUUAAACGCACAAAUCUAGUCCUACUUCAACUCCCACUAACUAGUCCUACACCACCUCCCACAAGUCCUACAUUAACUGCCACUAGUCCUACGCCAACUCCCACUAGUCCUACGUCAACUCCCAAUAGUCCUACAUUAACUGCCACUAGUCCUACAUCAACUCCCACUAACUAGUCCUACACCACCUCCCACAAGUCCUACAUUAACUGCCACUAGUCCUACGCCAACUCCCACUAGUCCUACGUCAACUGCCACUAGUCCUACUUUAACUGCCACUAGUCCUACAUCAACACCCACUAGUCCUACGUUAACUCCCACUAGUCCUACAUUAACUCAUACUAGUUCUACAUCAACUCCAACUAGUCCUACAUUAACUCCCACUAGUCCUACAUAAAAUCCCACUAGUCCUACAUCAACUCCCACUAGUCCUACAUUAACUCCCACUAGUCCUACAUUAACACACAUUAGUCCUACAUCAACUCCUACUAGUUCUACAUAAACUCCCACUAGUUCUACAUCAACUCCCACUAGUCCUACUUCAACACCCACAAGUCCUACAUCAACUCCCACUAUUCCUACAUCAACACCCACAAGUCCUACAUCAACUCCCACUAGCCCAACAUUAACUCCCACUAGUUCUACAUCAACUCCCACUAUUCCUACAUCAACACCCACAAGUCCUACAUCAACUCCCACUAACUAGUCCUAAAUUAACUUGCACUAGAACUAUAUCAACUGCCACUAAUCCUACAUUAACUCCCAAUAGUCCUAAAUUAACUACCACUAGUCUAUUAUUAAAUUCCACUAGUCCUACAACAACUCCCACUAAUCCUACGUCAACUUUCACUAGUCCUACAUUAACUCCCAUUAUCCUAAAUCAACUCCCGCUAGUCCUAAAUCAACUCCUACUAGUUCUACACUAACUCCCACUAGUCCUACAUUAACUCCUACUAGUUCUACAUCAACUCCCACUAGUCCUACAUUAACUCACACUAGUCCUAAAUCAACUCCCAUAAGUCCUACAUUAACUUCCACUAGUGCUACACCAACUCCCACUAGUCCUACAUUAACCCGCACUAGUCCUUAAUCAACUUCCACUAGUCCUUAAUUAACUUCCACUAGUCCUACAUUAACUUGCACUAGUCCUAAAUUAACUCCCACUAAUCCUACAUCAACUCCCACUUGUCCUACAUCAAAUACCACUAGUCAUAAAUUAAAUUCCAUUUGUCUGAAAUCUUUUUCCAUUAUUUCUUUUUUCACUAGUUCGUUAGCAACUUCCGCUUGACCUACAUCACCUCCCACUUGUUCUUCAUCAAAUUCUUCUAGUCCUACAUCAACUUUUGCAUGCCUUUUGACCAGGGGUCAUUCUUUAUGGAUUCAUAUAAACACCAUACUUGAGCUUCAAAGGAGAGGGAGAAACCUAUCUUUUACGCGAAUGUAUUGUUGGAAAACUUCAAUAUCGAUACUUAAAAUACUUGUAUUAAUAACGCAAAUUUUUUAGUGCAUUUCUGAUCUUGUGGAGAUUUAUUAAAUACUUAGUA